AUGGGGGCGGCGGGGGAUGGGGGGCGGAGGGUGGUGGAGGCGCGUGUUUGGCGUGGGAGGACGGCGGUGCUGCCGAAUAACGGGAAUGGGCAUACUAGAAGGUUGGUAAAUGGGCUGACCGGUUAUGCUCUUCCGGGUCGGAUCAUGGCUGUUAUGGGUCCUUCUGGCUCUGGCAAAUCCACUUUCCUUGAUUGUUUGGCAGGUAGAUUAUCAGGAAAUGUUGUCAUGUCUGGUAAUAUUCAUCUUAAUGGCAAGAAAAAGUGGCUUCAUUACGGCGUCGUUGCGUAUGUAACUCAAGAAGAUAUCUUCUUGGGUACCCUAACGGUACGAGAAACCAUCAACUACUCGGCCUUCUUAAGGCUCCCAAGCAGCACAUCAAAACACGAGAUAAACGAAACAGUAGAAAGCACAAUUACCGAAAUGGGCCUCGAAGAAUGUGCUGACCACCUGAUCGGGAACUGGCAUUUGAGGGGGAUAAGCGGCGGUGAAAAGAAGAGGCUGAGCAUUGCGCUGGAGAUCAUAACACAGCCUCGUCUUUUAUUCCUCGACGAGCCGACUAGCGGUCUUGAUAGUGCCUCGGCCUUUUUUGUGGUCCAAGCACUUAAGAACGUUUCACGGAGUGGAAGAACGAUUAUUUCGUCUAUUCAUCAGCCUAGCAGUGAAGUCUUUUCCCUCUUCGACGAUCUUUUGCUUCUGUCGAAUGGCGAAACGAUUUACUUUGGAGAAGUGGAAUCUGCACUAGAGUUUUUUGUUGAGGCGGGAUUCCCUUGUCCACGUAAGCGGAAUCCUUCUGAUCAUUUUCUACGAUGUGUGAAUUCGGAUUUUGAUGAUGUGAAUAACACUUUGAUGGGUUCACAGAGAAUGAGAGAUAUAAAUGAUGCUUCUGAUCGAAAGAUAAUCAAUUUGACAACAGCAGAAAUACGAGCGAGGCUUCUUAUGAAAUAUCGUAACUCAAAACUUGCAGCGAGAGUUAAAGCUAGAAUCAAAGAAUUCUCAACUACUGACGUACCUGUUUUCGAGAAAACCAGAGGAAGCCAGGCGACAUGGUUUAAGCAACUUUCCACACUCACAAAGCGAUCGUUCACAAACAUGUCCCGAGAUUUCGGGUAUUACUGGCUAAGAAUCAUAGUGUUCAUUACAGUAUCCAUCUGUGUCGGUUCCGUUUUUCACAACGUAGGAUCCAAUUAUCACGCAAUUCUAGCAAGGGGAGCCUGCGGUGGAUUUAUAUCCGGCUUUAUGACAUUCAUGACAAUCGGAGGCUUCCCAUCAUUCAUCGAAGAAAUGAACGUAUUUUACAAGGAAAGGCUCAACGGACAUUACGGAGUCGGAGUGUUCAUUCUUUCGAAUUUCCUCUCUUCGUUUCCGUUCUUGAUUGCAAUAUCGCUUAGUUCGGCAUCCAUCACUUAUUUCAUGGUGAAGUUUCACCCUGGAAUAUUUCAUUUCGUGUAUGCAGCACUCGACCUUUUACUCUCUAUAGCUGUAAUCGAGAGCUGCAUGAUGGUUGUGGCUGCAGUUGUCCCCAACUUCAUGAUGGGGGUCAUACUCGGAGCUGGUCUAAUCGGUAUAAUGAUGGCUACAGCAGGUUUCUUCCGGCUCCUUCCCGAACUUCCGAUGAUAUUUUGGACAUAUCCCGUUUCCUAUAUCAACUACAUGUCAUGGGCUUUACAGGGAGCCUACAAAAACGACAUGAUUGGGAUCGAGUUCGAUUCGCUCUAUCCCGACCAACCAAAACUGAAAGGGGAAGAAGUACUAACCUCAAUGAUAGGCAUAACACUUGAUCACUCGAAAUGGUGGGACCUGGCAGCAGUUGCAGCCAUUCUCGUAGCUUACAGAUUGCUCUUCUUUUUCAUUCUCAAGUUGAAGGAGAGGGCUAUGCCGAUAUUCAAAACUUAUUACGCAAAGAGAACUCUUCACAAUCUUAAGCAGAGGCCUUCUUUCCGAAAGACGCUGCCUUUUUCUUCGAAGCGACAUUAUACUGUCCAUUCGUUGUCUUCUCAAGAGGGGCUAAACUCUCCGUUAAACUGAAACUAUUGAGGCUUUUACAUGGGGGUUUAUUUUCGAUUAUACUAUUAUCACAUUGUUACCUGCUAUGAAAUACUUAUAUGGAACUGUAGUGAUUUGUACCAACCUCGAUUCUCGGUUUCAAAGUGACAUUCUAUUACAUCGUACGAAUACGGGUGAUCUAUACAUUAGUAAUGUCAUUAGAUACAAUAUCAAAUGCUAUGUUUCCAUAUUGCUUCCAUAUUGUUGUUCUAUUCAUCUAUUGUAAAAACCAAAAUGUUCAGCUCAAAGCUUUAUUUCUCGAAGAACUACUUAUUUUGGUUAUUGAUAACAAUUAGUAGGAGAAAUAAUGGGAAAAGGAUCGGAUAAUCUAAUAAAAUAAAUUUCUCACAAGUGGUAAUUAAUUUCGUAUUAAC